AUGAAGGCCUUCCUCAGAACCACACCUGCCGUUCGCUCGCACAUCAAAAGAACGAACCACCUCAGAAUAGUGUCCAGAUCUGCUGUCAUGGGCAUUCACACCGUUCCAGACCUGAAGGACAAGAGCUUGUUCAAGGAGCAGGCCUACAUCAAUGGCAAAUGGGUCAACGCGAAAUCGGGCAAGACAUUCGAUGUCCACGACCCAUCAACACACAAGAGGAUCGGCUCAAUGCCAGAGAUGAACAAGGAGGAUGCAGACUUGGCAAUACAAGCAGCGGCCGACGCCCUGUCAUCGUUCAGGAAGACAACAGGCCGUCAACGAGCGAAGAUGCUGCGAAAGUGGUAUGAUCUUGUCAUCGAGAACAGCGAGGACAUUGCCAAGUUGAUCACAUGGGAGAAUGGCAAGCCUUUCACCGAUGCAAAGGGUGAGGUCGUAUAUGCCGCCAGCUUCUUCGAGUGGUUCAGUGAGGAAGCGCCCAGAAUGUACGGUGAUACCAUUCCAGCCACCGUUGCUGGCAAUCGAAUUUACACCAUCAAAGAGCCAGUCGGUGUCUGUGGCCUCAUUACACCAUGGAAUUUUCCCGCAGCGAUGAUUACUCGUAAGAUCGGUCCCGCCCUCGCAGCAGGGUGCACAACAGUGUGCAAGUCUCCAAGCGAGACACCCUUCACAGCAGCAGCGCUAGUAGAGCUUGCCCACCGCGCAGGCAUUCCUCCCGGCGUCGUGAACAUCGUUACAGCCGACAAGAACACCCCCGAAGUCGGCUCCGCCAUCACAGCCUCUGACCACGUGAAGAAAGUCAGCUUUACUGGCUCAACAAAUGUCGGCAAACUCCUCAUGAACCAAUCCUCCGACACCCUAAAGAAGCUUUCAUUCGAACUAGGCGGCAACGCCCCCUUCAUCGUCUUCGACGAUGCAGACCUCGAAACAGCAGUAGCAGGCGCCAUAACCUCGAAAUUCCGCUCCAGCGGCCAAACCUGCGUCUGCGCCAACCGCAUCUACGUCCAAAAAGGCAUCUACGACGACUUCGCCAAGGCCUUCACCGAGAAAGUCAACAACUUCAAAGUCGGUCCAGGUUUCCAAGAUGGCGUGACUCACGGCCCCCUCAUCCACGACCGUGCCAUCAGCAAAGUUCAGCAACACGUCGAUGACGCCGUAAGCCACGGCGGCAAAGUGCUAGCAGGCGGCCAGCAGCUUCCAGACCUGGGCUCGAACUUCUUCGCACCGACUGUGAUUAGAGAUAUGACCAAGUCGAUGAAGAUUGCAAACGAGGAGACGUUUGGACCCAUUGCUGGACUGUUCCCGUUCGAGACUGAGGCUGAAGUUGUCCAGCUUGCUAAUGAUGCGAAUGUUGGUCUUGCGGGUUACUUCUUCUCGAAGGAUGUGCAGAGGUGUCAUCGUGUGGCUGAGGCGCUGCAGUUUGGUAUGGUGGGUAUCAACACUGGCCUCAUCUCUGAUGCGGCGUCGCCGUUUGGGGGUGUGAAGCACUCUGGGUUCGGCAGGGAGGGAUCGAAGUAUGGGAUUGAUGAGUAUCUUACGAUCAAGACUAUGACGGUUGGUGGGAUUGGUGAGCUUCAGGGCGCCAGUAAGCUGUAG